AUGGCUAAAGGCACUCCAGGGAAGCCCAAAGGCAAGAUGUCCUCCUACGCCUACUUCGUUCAGACCUGCCGUGAGGAGCACAAGAAGAAGACCCCUGAGAUACCUGUCAACUUCUCUGAGUUCUCCAAGAAGUGCUCCGGAAGAUGGAAGGUGAGAAUGGAUGGAUGGAUACUUUAUUGAUCCCUCAAGGAAAAUUAAUACAAUUAUUACUUAGUUAUCAUGAUGAAGUUGAUUGAUUGAUUGGUGACAUAUAAUGUCCUUUAUGAAUAAAUUCUUUUCACAGCUUAUUUAUUUACUAUUUAUUAAUUGAUGUACUUAUUUAUACAUUUUAUUUAGUUAUAGAGAUGAGAUAAUGGGGAUGGUGAGAUUAAGAUUAUUAUCACAAUAUCCCCACCAGCAUGCUGCAUAGUGUACUUGGCCAAUACAUCACAUCACACUACGCAGCCCGCGCAAAUGGUUAUUGCAACAGAGCUCAAGUUAAUUGAAUUGAUUUUAACCAAAUUCAAUUCAAUACAUUUUUGGCUGCCAAAUCUAUUGUUCCCCUAAAGGACAAAUGGGGUGGUAGCCUAAAGCUUCCAAGUCAAGAACGGCAAGUUAUUUGUUAACUUGGAGCGGUUACAUAUUCCUUACUGCAGGUGGCGCAACAAGACCACAUAUCAUGCUGACUUAUAUUAAAUGACAAUUAGGCGGCCUUGCAUAGACCUCUCUGUUUGAAUCCUUUUUUCCGUAUGGUACCUAACGAACACUGCCCAUGUGUCCAUCUGUACAAAGUCUAUUGGUGGGUAUGUUUUAAGUGGUGUAAAUGUUGUGAUUUUUUUUCAGACGAUGUCUGGUAAGGAGAAGGGGAAGUUUGACGACAUGGCGAAGCAGGAUAAGGUGCGUUACGACAACGAGAUGGUGCACUUCGCCCCUGGAGGCAAGAAGGGAAGGAAGAAGGACCCCAACGCACCAAAGAGGCCCUCGUACGUACCACACACACAGACUGACAUAUACAUGGAUGGAGUCAUGCACAGACAGACACACAAAUACACACACUCCAUCACUCAUGUUUUGUUUUUGGUAAGUGUAUCAGUACAUGAAAAAUAAAAGGAGAUCCUCACACUUGAGGAGCUCAGAUACAAUAAUUUAAUAACCUAAUAACCAACGUUUGGACAGACAAGCUGUCUUCAUCAGGGUAUAAUCAAUACACACAUCAGACAUCACGACACAAAUCAUAAUAAUAAAUAUAAUAAUAAUUCCUUCCUUUCUCCACAGCUCUGGUUUCUUCAUCUUCUGUGGGGACCACCGGCCCAAGAUCAAGGCCCAGCACCCCAGCCUGGGCAUCGGGGACGUGGCCAAAAAACUGGGGGAGCAGUGGAACAACCUGACUGAU